AUGUCUUCCCCUCCUACGUCCAAGCGAAUCAAGACGUCGGCGACAACGAGCGCUCCUUCACAUCUUCUCGCCCAACAACAGAUUCAUCCUUUUCACCGGGUUCCCACAUUUGAAGGCAUUCCUAUCCCGACUGCGCCCAUCCCCCAACAGACAUCUUCCCGCAAACGCCCACCCUCUCCGAUCGCAAGCUCGUCCGCCAUGAUGACUGGUCAGAUGAACCCGGGCGGGAUCGAGGAUUCUGUACCCCUCCCAGCGCCUGAGCCGGCCCCGAAGAAGAAGGGUCGCACCAACACCCCGUGGACCGCCGAGGAGGAGCAACGUUUGAAGACGAUGCGCGAUGCUGGUCGAAGCUGGAGUGAAAUUGCCAAGACAUUCCCUACUCGGACUGAGGGGAGCGUCAAGAAACACUGGUACAAGGAUAUGCAUUAUGCCGAAUUUGCCGAAGACGAGUCAAUGAAACUCCGCGAUGCGAUCAAAGAAUACGAGGCAAACAAGUGGAAGGUCAUUGGCCAGAAAGUGGGAAAGCCCGCUAAGGCCUGUGAACAGUACGCCAAAGAACACUUCAAGAAUCUUUGA